ACAGGCGGAAUCAGUACUUCAGUGGGCUCAACACAAGCUGCUAUACAAGAACGUUUUCGACUACUGCCAAGGAGCUUUAUAAAUUUCACCUAUCCAGAUAAUCUAAUGGACAAUAUGGAUUACACAGGGGUGGAGCAGAGAUCUCAGAGUGAAGAGGAGCGGUUUGAGUGUAUAACUGCAUAUGGGUUGACCAGGGAGGAGAGAGACAUACUUUCCAACAUAAAGGAGGAGGAGGAAGAGGAACAUGAAGAUGGUUUAAGUAGGGAAAUUGAGAGUGAGGAAAUAAAGAGUGAGGAUGGUAUGGAAGAUGGAGAGGUAAUACAACUAUGUGUGAAAGAAGAAAAAGAGAGCAAUGAAGAGAGUGAGACCGAUGAAACCACUCAAUCGGAGAGGAUGAUGAAGAAUUGCCUCUUGGAUAGCACUGAACCCUUUGGCACAACCGCCUGGAAUCAUAAUGAAGGGCCAACUGAUGAGGUGUCAUCUCAGGUCUUUGCCUGCUCGCAGUGCCCAUUUGUUCACAUAGAAGAAGCUACCCUGCACCGGCACUUGGAGAAGGUUCACCCAGAAGAGUACAGCAGGAUUCUGAACUCUGGAGGAACUGGAGCAGCAAACACAAUGCCUUCCAUCAGCGACACAUAUCAGCAUCCCACAGCCCCUAAGACAACCCCCACCCCAAACCCGUCCCAUACAAGCACUACAGGAGCUCACGCAUGCUUCAUGUGUGGCAAGAGUUUCAGGUAUGCAUCCAAUCUGAUAACACAUCAGCGAAUUCACACAGGGGAGUGUCCAUACCCCUGCUCCCAGUGUGGAAAGAGUUUCACUUCUGCAUCAGAUCUGAAAAAACAUGAGCGAAUUCAUACAGGUGAGCGCCCAUACCCCUGCACCCAGUGUGGGAAGAGUUUCACAUCUGCAUCAGAUUUGAAAAAACAUGCACGGAUUCAUACAGGGGAGCGGCCAUACACUUGCUCCUACUGUGGGAAGAGUUUCACAUCUGCAUCAGAUUUGAAAACACAUCAGAGAAUUCAUACUGGGGAGCGGCCAUACCCCUGCUCCCAAUGUGGAAAUAGUUUCAUAUCUGCAUCAGUUUUGAAAAAACAUCAGCGUGCACAUGCAGGGGAAAGGCCAUACCACUGCUCCAAUUGUGGGAAGACAUUUGUAACUGCAUCACACCUGACAAUACACCAGCGAAUUCAUACAGGGGAGCGCCCAUUUCCCUGCUGUCAAUGUGGGAAGAGUUUCAGAUGUGCAUCAAACUUGAGAAAACACCAGCGGACUCAUACAGGGGAGCACUCCUUGAACUGCCCAGUCUGUGGGAAGAGUUUUAUAUAUCAAUCAGACCUGACAAAACACCUACCAACACAUACAGGGGAGCGUCAAUACCAUUGCUCCCAGUGUGGCAAAAGUUUUGUAUAUCAGUCAGACUUGACGGUGCACAAGCGACUGCAUACAGGGGAGUCUCCAUACCAAUGCUCCCAAUGUGGAAAACGUUUCAGAUGUGCAUCAAACCUGACAACACAUCAGCGGACUCAUACAGGGGAGCGCCCAUACCAAUGUUCCCAGUGUGGGAAGUGUUUUGGUCAAAUAGGUAAUUUAAGAAAACAUCAACAAACUCAUAUAGAGGAGCGCCCAUACCACUGCUCAAAAUGUGGAAAGAAUUUUGUUUCAGCAUCAAAACUCACAGCGCACGAGCGAUUUCAUACUGGUGAGCGUCCACACCAAUGCUCUCAAUGUGGGAAAGGGUUCAUGUAUCAAUCAGAGCUGGUAAAACACCAGCGGAUACAUACUGGCGAGCGUCCAUUUCAUUGCUCACUAUGCGGGAAGAGUUUUGGUCAGUCAAACACUCUAAGAGUACACAUGCGAAUUCACAAAGAGUAGGGAUCAGUCGUUACAAAAUAUUAUGAUUGGGUGUUACUUUGCUUUGUUUUUAAAUUCUUAUGGAUCUGUUUUCCUGACUACAGUUGGCGCUGGAUUCAGUUACCUUUCUUUUUCUCUUGGGUUUUCUUCCGGCUAAAAUUUCAUAUGGAAUUACAGGAAAUUGUGCACAUUUUUUGACAAUCCUGCACAUUAUUCCUGCUGUGAAUUUCAGGCUGUGUAUUUAGGCUGCAAAGUAGUUCAACACCAGAAUUCAGAAUUCAACACCAUUACAAAUAUAACCGUGAGCACUCCAGUGUAUUUGGAUCUUCCGUGUCAGCAUUUGAUUGAUUGUAGCCAAGUUUAACAACAGAUACACUGCACAUUGGCAUACAUUCUAUGAGUCUCUGGAAGUCUACUGGAUGGAUUCCAAAAUAUAUUGCCUAAUUUGGUGUUUUUAUGAUGGUGGUGGUGGAGAGUGCUGUUGAACAUGUUGUCGAAAAGCUCCUUUACUAUUCAUUUGGGUUGAGAUCUGCGAAGGCCAUAGCAUAUGAUUAACAUCAUUCUCAUACUCAUCAAACCAUUCAGUGACCCCUUCUGCCAUCCUGGAAAAGACCACAUUACAAUAGAAAUGUUGCAUAACAGUCAAGCAUUCAGGCCCAUUUUUUGUUUGAGGUUUGAGAUGAUGUCUGAGUACACAAUGCCAUGCUGAAAACAUCCACAGUAGCUAAAAAAAAAUGGUACAAAUAGGAGGAUCUUCAUAUACCUCAAAAAUAAGGACUGACUGAAUUUAAGUGACUUUACAUUGGCGAUUUCAUAAUUUUGUCCACAACUCAAGAAAAUCAAUGAAGUGAAAUGUUGAAUGUUGAAAAAAUGAAGGACACAAUCUAAAUAUUAAUAGAGACAAACAUUUACGCUUCAUAUAAAUACUACAUUUUUACAUUGUGUCAUUAAAAAUUUUUUUUGAAAAGCUAUUUUAUUAAUUCCCUACAAUUAUUUAACCCCCAGUGACAAAAUUCACUGCAAUUCAACCCCAGUGCAGUUCAACUCAAAUUCUUAUGAUCUCUGAGAAGUUAUAUUUCUUGGCCUUCACAGGCUUGUACAAACUAUUACUUUCAAUAUCUGGAAGAAGGAUCACAGGCAGUGAAUAGACCUAUGGUACCAUAGCCAUUUUAUACCUUGUGGCAGGGCUUGCUCUGAGUUGUAAUCAUGGCAAUUUGGGGCCAUGCCAACUGGUUGAGUCGGUACGCAACUGAGCCAGAUUCCACACACUGCCAAAUACAUAUAACACAUGUAUGGUGUUUCUGUCUCUCCCUGCUCUGUGUUUUAUAUGUGUAAAUAGCUGUGGGUUCUUGGUGUGUAUGGUUGAGACUGAGAUCUAUAUACACUCAGUGAGCACUUUAUUAGGUAUUUAGACUUGUUGUUUUUCUUUUUUCUUUUUUUUAACUUAUUGGUCUUCUGCUGAUGUAGCCUAUCCACUUUUGACGCCUUUGCGUGUGUUCAGAGAUGCUCUUCUGCAUACCACUGUUGUAAUGUGUGGUUAUUUGCAUUACUGUCACCUUCCUGUCCACUGUGACCAAUCUGGCCCUUCUCCUUUGACCUCUCUCAUUAAGGCGUUUUUGCCCACACUGCUGCUCACUGGAAGUUUUUUGUUUUUCGCACCAUUCUCUGCAAACUGGCUUUUGUGCUUUAAAAUCCCAGGAGAUUAGCAGUUUCUGAGAUACUCAAACCACCCUGUCUGGCACCAGCAAAAACUCUGAAAAACGGUCUGAAAAACAGCUGAACCUCUUGACCGUGUCUGCAUGCUUUUAUGCAUUUCGUUGCUGUCACAUGAUUGGCUGAUUAAAUAUUUGCAUAUUAAGCUGGUCUACCUACAGUAUAGAACACUAUACUAAUACUAAUAUUCUGUUCCAUGUUGACAUGAUUGCAUCACACAAUUUAUGGAGAUUCAUCAGCUGCACAUUCAUGUUGUCAAUCCAAUCUGCCAUUCUACCACAUCCCAAAGGUGUUCUAUUGGAUUCAGAUCUGGUGACUGGGAAGGCCACUGAAGAACACUGAAUUCAUUGUCCUGUUCAUGAAACCAGUUUGAGAUGACUUUUGCUUUGUGUCAUGCUGGAAGUAGCUGUUAGAAGAUGGGUACAUUGUGGCCAUGAAGGGAUGCACAUGGUCAGCAACAAUACUCAAAUAGUCUAUGGCAUUAAAGCAAUGAUUGAUUGGUAUUAACGAGCCCAAAGUGUCCCAAGACUGUUGACACAAAGCAGGUUUGGUCCAUGGAUUCAUGCUGUUGGCGCCAAAUUCCGACCCUAUGAUCUGUAUGCCUCAGCAGAAAUCAAAAUUUGUCAGACCAGGCUAUGUUUUUCCAGUCUUCAACUAUUCAGUUUUGGUGUUUUCCGCAGAACUGUCGUUCACUGGAAGUUUUUUUCUUUUUUUUUCUCCCGCACCAUUCUUGAGGUUGUUGUGCAUGAAGAUCCCAGCAGUUACAGAAAUACUGAAAUCAGCCAGUCUGGCACCAACAAUCAUGCCACUGUCGAAAUCAGUGAUCACAUUUGUUCCCCAUUCUGAUGUGAGCACUAACUAAAGCUCCUGACCCGUAUCUGCAUGAUUUUAUGCAUUGCACUGCUGCCACAGAUUGGCUGAUUAGAUAAUUGCAUGAAUAAGUAGGUGUACUGGUGUUCAUACGUAAUGGCAGUGGGCAGUAUCUACUGUAUAUGGAUUGGAGGGAAGAGUGUUUCUUAUUGCAUACUCAUUGUAUAAUCACAUGAAUUGAAACUUCCUAUAUACACUCAGUAAAUUCCCUCAUGAGGUGUUUCAAGAAGCAGGUGUGGGAAUAGAUCCCAGGCCUUCCAGGCUAGGAAUGCAGGGCCUCCCUAUCUAUAUCUCGCUCAGUCACCCAAUGCCAACCAGCAGUCAAAAUAUAGCCUGCAAAUGUGUGUGUGUGUAUGUGUGUCUUUCUUCCUUUCCCUCCUUUUCUCUCCUUCUCUCUCCCUCACGUUGCAGGCCCAUGACCUUUGGCCAACUUGCAUCCCAGGCUCAAGGAUAUAUGGCCCUUGUCACUAAAGAGAGACACAUCUCAAAUCCUGGAAAACCUGACUCUGAAAGACCAAAUAAUUAUUAUAAAAGUGAACUGUUUGUGUGAGGUUGAAGGCUAGGAGUCACUAUGCUCUCAUCCAAUAUGCAUGCUAUAUGAUGAGACCUAAUCAAUCAUUGACUUUGUUAUAUUUUACUAUAUGCUAAUGUAUUAACCAUGUACCAAUCAGAGGUAGAAUUAUGUAUGUUGUUCUUUUCCACUCUAUGCUUAUGUAUUAACUGUGCACCAAUCAGAGGUAGGGUAAUCUAUGUAUUAGCAAGACACUUUUUGAUUAAAGUAAAAUAAUCAAAAUAAAUCAUUUUCUUCUUGA